UACGUUGAGAGAGAGAGAGAGAAAGGGAGGGAUAUAGCUUUGGCGCCAGGUGCUCAUGGAGCGAUGGAGCGCUACCCUGAAGGUCCCCGUCCACGCCAAUGGCGCCGCUCGCUGCUGCAGAGUCGCGGUUUCUCUCUGCACCUCGCCUCCUUCCGAAACCCUAACCGCGCCGUCCGCGAACGCGGUCUUCUUCGGUGGGGAUCGGGCCGGAGGGACCGGGAACCCCGUCGUGGAGAGGCUGUCGGACCCGCAGGCGGUAGCGGAGGUCCUGGUGUCCAAGUUCGGCGGCUCCGUCAACGCUUGGGUCGUCGAGGCUUCCACCUUCAACGGCCCUUUCGCUGUCUACAAGGAGUUCGUGCCUUCGGCGAACAAGUACGGGGAGCCGAGAUCGUAUAGCCACGUCGGGUUCCCCGCAUCUUCGUCGACGCUCUCGCUGUUGUCCAAUUGCCUUGAGGAGGCAAAGAAUGUCCUUUCAAGGAAAAGUAAUCCUGUCUCCACAAGCUCAUUACCACCACAGGGACAUGAGCCGAAAACCGUCAUCCUCGGUUUUAGCAAAGGUGGCACUGUGCUUAACCAGCUUGUGACCGAGCUCAGCCAUUCCCAAACAGCAUCUUCUGGACAUCCAUCCUCUGCUGAACAAGAGCUAUUGGGUCGUGAAGUUUCCGACAUCCGGGCGGGGACUCAAGUUUUACCUACUACAAUAGAAAGAUUUCUGAACAGCAUCCAAGAAAUUCAUUAUGUUGAUGUUGGCCUAAAUUCCUCCGGCGCAUACAUCACUGAUCCAAAUGUGAUUGGCAGACUCUCCCAACAGUUCGUACAACGAGCUCAGGCGUUGCAUUUUGUCCUCCAUGGAACUCCUAGGCAAUGGUGCGACCGUAAUCGCAUUUGGAUUUGCCGCGAAAAGGAUAGACUGCUUCAUCUGCUCAAAUCUGAAUCUCAGAAGGCCGGAGGCAAAAUACAGGUAGCAGAGAAAUUUUAUUUUGCUGACAGGCCUCCAAAUCUAGAGAUGCAUUUUGCGAUAAUUGAAAAGUUGGAUGUGAGCAUCUAAUUUCGCGAAUGUUACAGUGUGGCAUCAUGACUUGUACAGCAUUUUGUUUAGACAGAGUUGAGGGCUGCUUGUUUGUGCCUCUGUUCACUGCA